AUGGAUUUCUGGCCAUCACUAUCGCAAUUCGGUACCAAAAAACAAAUAUCAACUAUUUCUAUUCUACCUAAAACGAGUUAUUUUUUGAAACGUAUUCCACGAACCGAUUUUGAUAUACGUCAAUUAUCUCAACGCUCACUUCUUUCAUUGUGCGAUAGUAGAUGUCUUCGUCAAUUUGCUCCGUCUUUAAUUCGAGCACAUGGACCCGGUGCUAUUUUUCCACUAGCUUCUACUCAUCAACAUCUUUUUUCAUUUGAUUACCACCAUGGUGGUGGUCUUCGAUAUUGGUAUAUCAUACCAGCUAGUGAACGAGACUCUCUAGGACAAAUAUUUCAACGAGAAACAGAUUCAAUUUGUCUUGAACAUGGCAAUAUAUUAAUCGAUCCUUUAAUGUUUGAUAAAUAUGGAAUUCGUUAUCACCGCAUUGUUCAAUAUCCUAAUGAGAUAAUUAUUCUAGCAGCUGGUGCUCUGUGUCAGAGUUUCACUGAAAAUGCAGCUUGGAAUGAAACAAUUGAAUUUGCAUUGCCUAGUUGGAUUUAUGAUGGCCAUGCAAACGUACAAAUAUCAUGUCAAUGUAAAUUACCUAUAAGUUCAUUGUCAAAAACAAUUGCCGAGGAUCCAUUUCACCACGAUAAAAUACAAAAAUAUAUUGACAUCUAUCUGAAUAUUGACACCGAUAAUAAAUAUGUAACUGAUACAACUAAAGAAUAUUUAGCAACAAAUGUAACAUCAACUUUGUUUGAUGCUUCUCUGACACCUUGGAAUGAAUCAGCCGAUCAAUUAUCUAUCCCUUUUAUUGAAACCAGUCUAUUUGAAAAUAGUACUCAAGAAGCUGGUGAUUACUUGAAUCAAACAAUAUCAGGUGAUAAUACUGUUUUGAACACAUCAAAUGAACUCCCAGAUUUCACAACAUUAUAUCAGUUCGAAACUAUGAUGAAUUCAACUGAUGAGUUACAGCUUUCGUUAUUAGAAGGUUUCAACGAACGAACAAUCAGAGAAACUGUGGAGAGUCCGUACAUGUUAUCUCUAGAAGAUAUCGCUGAUUUACUUUCCACUCCUCCAGCUACUACAUUAGCGUCAACAUCACAUAGUAACAUGCAAAUCGAUGAAUAUGAUAAUAAUCAAGAAACAAGCUUAGAUAGUUCAUCGGUCAUGAAUAUAAAUGAACCAACAGCAGAUACUCAUGGUCAGAAUGAAGUUAUUCAAAACGAUAUACGUCGCCAUUUUGCUGGUUGUAGAAAAAUAAUUUUGAAACAGAGCCAGAUACCUCCAUAUCACAAGUACGCAUUUGUCUAUCAUCGUACAAACCGACAAGCCGAAUACAAUCGAAAACGACGUAUUAACCGGCUACUUUUUGGUCACAACUGUCACGUUGAAUAUGCAACUGGUCGCAGUCAGACUUCUAAUAGAAAUCAAAUAUCUGAAACAUGGAAUAUUGCAGUACGACAAGUACCUGAAAAUAUCACUGAAGAUCUUCUACACAAUUUAUUUAUCGGUUGCCAAUCAAUGAAAUAUGUUCCUGCCCGUACGGUUCAUAAUACGAAGACAUCGGUCACAUCAGCUACUAAAACCAAGUUGUUAUGGGGGUGA